AUGAACCGCAAGCCUCUGGGGCCCGCCCCGUCCACGGUCACCAAUGUCGCUCCCACCAACAUGCGAGCCCAUUCCCGCGCCACUUCGCACGCAGGCUCGGGAGCUUACACCGAAAUGAGGGCUCAGGCGUGGAAGGAGCGCGAGCACGAGAAGCUACAGCGCUCGCAGAUGCAGGCUGAAAAUGAUGCCGAGCAUCAAGCUCGGAGGCAAGCAUCGGUCCGCCCUUCUCACGGCCCUCUCUCUGCUAGCAUCUCCGACCGCAGGAUGAGUCAAUUUCCAUCGUCUGAAGACGAUACCUUCGCCAUACGCAACACAGACAGCGGAAGACACCUCCGCGUCUUGCCACCAUCGAGCUUGCCCAUGACCUCCGAGAACUUGUCGAAUGUGUCGACAGGAUCCAGCCAGCUGUCGUCUUCCUCCUCCACAGGAAUCGUUCGCAAGCGCAGUCAGACAGUCUCGACGCAGGAUCAAUACGGACCGCAACAGUUCUCAUCUCGCUCCCAGGCUCAAGCGAACGCAUCGUACCACCACCAGCACGAGCAGACACAAUACGCUCGUCAGGACUCUGCCUUUGCCCCUUCCAGAGCGGAUUCUCGUUCCUGCACGCAAUCGCCCGUUGAGCCUCCCGAUCAGCUCAUCGGCAUUGACGCUCUUCAGACUGCUUUCUCGGCCAAGUACUACGAGCUGGCCAACAAAUGCAAGAGCUGGGAGACGUACGCCGCAAAGCUUCGAGCUCACAUUGGCGUCCUCGAGGCUGAGAACCGGGUGCUCCAGGAGCAAAACGCACAUCUCGAGAGCGACAAUGCUCACCUUCAGACCAUUCUGCGUCAAGAGGAGAAAGCACGCACUCAGAUGCAGGGUCGGAUGACCUCCCUCGAAGACUGCUUGUCCCAGCGCAGCGCCUUUGAGGCCAACCUCGAUGCACAGUACCGCGCUCUCGAGAUGCUGGAGCUCGAACACCUCUCCCUCCCGUCGGCACCGUCAUCUGUGGAAAAGGGCAAGGACCACGUUGUGGAGAAUAGCCGAACUCCUUACUGCUCGUCCAACCUUCAGUUCGAUGACCGCACCGAGAGCCGUCAGCAAGUGAUGCAGGGCUACCUCAAUGGUGACCAUAGUCUCGGUUCGACGACUGUGGUGCCCCGCUCGCACCUCGAUCCCAACCACAGCCAUGUCUACUCGACGCAAGGAACUUCAAUCGAAGAAGGGCACAGCAAGUGGGACAGCGCACAAGCACAAGAGUCGACUCAGACUGCUAUCGAUACGCGAGUCAAUGCUGGUGGUCGGAGCUCCCGCCUGGGCAAUCGCGCCGAUGUUCCUGCACCGCGCGCUGCUCAUCGAAGGUCAGGAACGGUUGGUGCCAUUGGCAUGCUCGGGCUCAGCACCGGUUCUGCUGUGGCAAGCUCUCGCGGCCUGACCUCUCACAACACGACACAGAAGGAUGCAGUCCAAGCCUUCGCUAGGCCAGCCUCAGCACAACAUUUUCACAGCACGCGUCUCGAACGCAACGUCACCACAACAGCCGCCAACAUCGUCACCAACGUCGGUGUCACCAAGACCGCCCUUCAGAGCAAACGUCGGAGCACCGUCUCGGGAGAGCGCGGUCCGCUCAGCCUCGCUCAGGUCGUCAAAGGCGCCCUCAUGACUUCUGGCGUCGUCGCUGCUCAGAGUCGUCAGACCAGUCCCAAAGAUCAGCCCAUGUCCACCAGUGACUACCUGCAGGAGUGUGUCGAGAAGCGACGCGAAGCGAUGCGAUCCUCCUUCAGCGCCCAGCAGAAGGGCGUGGCUCCUGCUGGAGUCCAGGGAGGCCACUCGCGACCCGCAUCGCGUGCUGCUUCGAGGUUGAGCACACAGUCGGGCCAGCGCAGUCGUAGUCGAACGGGCAGCGUGCACGAUGCGAUCCCUGUCGCUAUUGAGGAUGUCUUUUGCGAAAAGAAGACGUUUCGCGCUCACUCGGCAGAGCCUUCACCGGAGUUCUUGACGCAGCAACUUGCUGCCACGGGUCUCGACUGCCAAGGCGACAGCUCUACGACCUCGCAGCGGCUCAUGGCUGCAAGCGAAUAUCUUGCUCAAGACCAGCUGAUGACACGCUCAGAGAUGAGCAUCGCCUCCUCGAGCCCGGGCUCAUUCAUGCUCCCUACGCCGGCGAGGGAAUCAAGUGGCGGAAAUCCCGGCAUCGAGAGGCAGAUCUACCUCAAGUUUCGCGACGAGCUGGAUGCUGACGAGUUUAAGAAGUUCGAAUCGUGCAUUCAGCGCUACGACUGGAUGGAGAUCCAGCUCGAGGGCAAAAAGGGCUUGAUCACGCGCGUCAAGCGGAUCCUGCUCUUGUCGGACCCCGAUCUCAGGAACAAGCCCGAGAAGCUGCGAAGGCGACAGCAGCUGGCUCGCGAGUUUCAGAGCAUGGCCAAGAACUUCGGCCAGAGCAAGAGGUCGUAG